UACUACUAAAUGGGACGAGAAAAUGAAACUAAAAAGUGUCCCAUCUUCCCCCAUCUCACUGUACAACAAGGAAAGGCCACGGAAUUUAGCGAAGUUACGUAAUAUAGCCUACAGUGCUCUGUAUUUUGUAUUUUUUUCUUUUCUAUACUGUAAUUUUUACUGUUUAAGCUAAUUAUGGUUUGAAAAAGCAAAAUGAAUAUGUAGCUCAAGUUAUUAGGUAUAUGCAGGAUUCUGUAGGAUAAAUAAUGAAUGAGGUUGCGGGGUUAAGAUAUAUUAAGAACAAAUGCAAGAUGCUACCACUGAUAUUAUUUCUACAGCUUCAAUAUUCUUAUGUCCUUCCACUCACACUCAACAGCCUGGGGUGUUGGACGGACGUGACGCUGUCUAGAGCUAUUCCAACUAUGGAAGGGACCGAUCCGACUCUUUCAGGCAGUUACCGUCAUAGAACUGAUGCCAUCCAAAAGUGCGCACGUGUUGCUUUGGCAAGAAAUUACGAAGUAUUUGGCAUAGAGAACAGUGGUUGGUGCGCAAGCUCCGCUAACGCAAGGUCAACGUACAAGAAAUACGGCAAUUCUACAAAUUGUGCAGCCAACGGGGAAGGCGGGAUGUUUGCACUUCAAGUCUACGAAAUUAUUGGUAAGAUGGUGUUUGGACAAACUGAAAUAGAACUCGCCUCAAACAAACAAGUGGUGGACGGAAACCUAAUGUACAAAACAUGUUUGUCGGCUAUACCUUUUAAAGUGAGGGCCACAGCAACACCAAGCGAUCAAAAUUCCCCGCUUAGAUUCAAUGUUACCAUCGUCGACAUACAAAGAUACAGCGUGUUUGUUACAUUAAAACGAAUCGAUCAAGAUACGGGAUGGGAUAAAAUGCCAGUAACAGUGAACUGGGUGUUAAAUGUACCAGACUAGAUGUAAUUUAUUGCCGUGUGUACCGAACUUUCACGAUACUUAAAAAUCACAUAUCCAUUAUUACUGAGUUCAAUUAUGUCAUUACAGCCCAUGCCAAAUGAAUACAUUUGGCAGCCUUUUCUUGCUUUUGUAAACAUCUAUAUAUAUAUACCCUUUACAAUGUAUUAUUAUUUCUUUAGAUAUAAAUCAUGUGGGCCUAUGUACAAAAUUAUAUUAAAAUAUUACGAAAUCUAUUGUCUUAUCCAACCUAAAUUACAUUGAUGUGAGCUGAACUAAUUCAUGCAACUUGUUGGGAGUUUUGGUGGGCUGUCGUACAUCUUAAAAUAUCCCUUGGUUUCAACUAAUGCAACUUGUCGCAUAUAUAACCCGCACAGUACAACCUCUUAAACUUGGCGUUUUUAAAGACAGCACUUUUAUAUCGCCGGUGCAAAGUUUUGAAAAAACAAACGAAAUGGAAAAAAAUCUUAUUCGUGUUAACACACCUAUGUUAUAAACAUAUGUUUGUAUCGGAGUACGUAUAGUAAUUUUCUAUUUUUGACGUGAAACAACUGAGUUUGUGAACGGAUUCUGAUUUGCUACUAAGUCAUAGAUAACCUAAUCGGCAAUAAAGUAUAAAGUUUCUAUGUACUUGCCACGUUCGAUGACGUAAAUUUCGUUAGAGCGAAAACCGGUUUCAGACAUUUCACAAAACCUUAGUGACGUUGUUGGUCGAGUUCUGAGAGGAAAUAAGCAAUACCUGUC